ACUUCCGUCUUUCGGAGUCUGUGGUGCCUUUGCCGUCCGGGCAGCUCGUUGGAGAGAACAUUCUCGUAACGGUGAAAACAGUUACGAGAAUGAGCCUGUCAGUGGCACUCGGUGGACUUUGGGUCUUGUGGCUAUUCCUUGUACUUGUGGCGCCGACGCAAAGCUGCAUGGUCAUAGCUCCCAGAGAAAUGAGACCGGGAGUGGAAGAGACGAUCGUGGUCUUCAACCGGGAGUCAUCAAAUGACGUAACCCUAACCCUACAGGAUUAUCCGAAGAGACAGCACACGAUCUUCCGAGACACCAUCAGCCUCGGUGAAGGAGAGUCCAGAGUGGUGCGCAUUUGGAUUGACCCGGACAAGCUGGACACUGACCAGUUUCGUUGGGGCCGGCGUCAUUACGUGUCCUUAAUGGUCGCGUGCGGCCAGGUGUACACGAAGGAGGCCCGUCUACCUGUGAGCAGCAGGAGCGGAUACCUGCUUCUACAGAGCGACAAGCCCAUCUACACUCCCAGGCAGACAGCCCAUUUCCGAGCGAUCGCCGUCGGAGAGGACCUGGUCCCUACUGCAGGAGAACUCAAGCUGCAGAUCAUGAAUCCGCAAGGAGUGGUGACGUAUGAGACGUCGCUGAGUGCCAGGGACAACACCACCACGGCGACAGGCAUGUUUAGUCACUCCUACCCUUUCCCCGCCUCACCGAUGCUUGGUAUGUGGACAGCCGUCGUUUCUUACGGAUUCCGUCUCAGCCAAAAGACCAACAUCACUUUUGAGCUUCAAGAGUACGUCCUGCCGACGUUCUCAGCACGGAUAGCGGUGCCCAGCGUCAUUCUGCCGGACUCAAAUCUCGUGACAGUCACAGUUGAAGCCAAGUACCCGUACGGAAAGCCAGUGCAAGGCUCAGCGACCUGUCAAUUUAAAAUCAGAGACCGGAGCACCGGGGCAGAACGAACAAUUGGAACGGCAAUGACGAAGGAACUUGUGCAAGGCGAGGUGACCUUCGACGUGCCGAACUACCUACUAUGGGGCUGGAGCCGGCAUCGCUUGUUUCAUGGUUCCAGGCUCGUGGUGGAAGCCGACGUGCUCGACAAGGCGACGAGCGAGCGCGUCACAGCCGUGGACGACUCGGCCGUGUACGCGACGUCGCCUUACCUCGUCAGCUUUCACCACACUGACCGGAACUUCAAGCCUGGUGGUCCAAAAACGGUCAAGGCGGAUAUCAAGCACGCCAAUGGCCGGCCAGCUGCCCUGGUUCCUUGCGCCAUAACAGCCGAGAGCGACCAGGGGUUGAACGUUCCCGUUGACCCUGACGUGACUGCCACGGACUCCAGAGGACGGAUUGCAUUCAAUGUGCUCACAGAGGGUCAACACAACCGUAUUGUGGCAAUGGUUCGGACCUUGCUACCGAGCGAUCCCCAUCAACAAGCCACUGGACAGAUUUACAUGGAAGCCUUCACGUCUCAGGUCAAUGCAGUCAUAUUCCUGGAGUCGGCGGACGCAGGUAGACCCGUAAAGGUUGGAGGCGACAUUUUAUUGCGUGUCGGGAUCUAUCCGCCAACAUCAUCACCUGCCUAUUACCUUGUCACACACAACGGCCAGGUGAAACGUACGGGCGUGCUACGGCAAGCAGAUCACUCUACUUCGUUCUAUCGUUUUGAGCGCUUCUCAGUGACGUCGGACAUGUCCCCGGCUGUGCGCGUGCUCACGUUCUCGUUCCACGAGGGACACCACCUGCUCGUAGACUCCAUCGUCAUCGAUGUUGAGGAAGCCUGCUCGCACACGGCCGCCAUAACAGUCCAGCCGGACUUCAAGAGCGACCGACCCGGGAGUAACGGUUCCGUGAAGAUUUUGGGUAGUUCCGGUACGCGUGUGGGCAUCUUGGGCGUCGACAAGCAAGUAUACACGCUGACUGACAAGGACGGUCUACUUACCUCUGAUAAGCUAUUUGCGAAGUUGAAGUCCCACGACAUGGGCUGUGGACCUGGUGGCGGUCGCACGACCGCGGAUGUAUUGUCCAACUUCGGCGUUGUUAUCGUCAGCAACCAGUCGCCGGACGUUGUUCACGCAAAUGAAACCAGUUGCCAACGCCCGUCCCGCCAUCGUAGGAGUCUUGGGCAAGUGGAUCAGACUACGAUGUCGAAGUAUGCACUGGACCCAUUCCUGAAAGAGUGCUGCUCGCUGGGCACGAAGCGAGACCGGGCUGGACGGAGCUGCCCUAUGAGGUCUGCAAUCGUGCGGCGCUACAUCAGUGGACAGAAGGGCGAGCAGUGCGCGGACGCCUUUGAGGAUUGCUGCUCACAUACACUUGCUGGCUUUCCUGGCCCAAGGUACCCCGGAGUGUACUUCUCCCUAGCGCGUCCUGAUCCACCACUGCACCCGGGCAUCGAAAGUCGGAUCAAGCCCGUGCCUACCUUUGACGAGGUAGACGGAGAUGACGAUGUCCUGCCUCCGGCUUCUCUAAUCCGCAAGGAUUUCCGGGAAACGUGGCUUUUCGAUGAACAUGUCAUUGGGCCGGACGGCGUGGCAGACAUCGCGGUGAGCCUUCCGCACAGCAUCACCACGUGGUCGGUGCAGGCGGUGAGCGUGUCGCCCUCUGGCGGAGUGUGCGUUCCCGAACCGCGGGAGGUGCGCGUCUUCCAGUCGGUCUUCCUGCAGGUGGCGGUGCCUUACAAAGUGGUGCGCAACGAGCAAAUCGAGGUGCUUGCUACUGUCUACAACUACGGCAACGAAACGAUCCGGGGCAACGUUUACGUGUUCGGUGUGGAAGGAAUAUGUGCGGGUGCUCAGGAAGGCGAACGAUCCGAAAGGCGAACCGUGUCAGUGGCCGCCAACUCUGCGUCAAGUAUCGCCUUUCCCGUGGUACCACUCAGAGAAGGUCGCUUCGUCAUCAAGGUCCACGUGCACUGUCCACAGGGCGAAGACGUCGUCGAGAAAGAACUCAACGUAGUGCCCGAAGGAGUACCAGUUGAGACGGUCGUCUCCGUUCCUAUCGACCCGGCCAACGCUCGCAAGAGGACGGUGCAGAGGUCCACGACGGAGACGUACGACGAUUCAGUAGAUCCGGUAACCAACCAGCAAACCAUCGCCGUUAAUGUUCUUUCGCCUCCGGACGCUGUGCCAGGCACAAGAAGCUGUUCGCUUUCCCUCACAGGAAACCAACUAGGCUCGUCGGCUGAAGAGACGCUAGGGAAGAUCGAGGUUCUCAUGAAGAUGCCCAGCGGAAGCGGCGAGGAGAACGCUGUGCUCAUGGCGCAAACGCUGUACGCUCUCGAAUACCUCGAGAGGAGGAACGUUACUGACCGUGCACUAGAAGAGAGAGGGCGUCGAUACCUGAGGGAUGGAUAUCAACGGCAGCUGUCUUUUCGGAGCAAGACCGGCUUUUUCUCCAAAUUUGAGAACACGCCACCCGGUAGCCUCUGGUUGACAGCGUUCGUCACCCGCACGUUGUGCAAAGCGAGGCAGUACGCUAGUAUCGACGACUCGGUGAUUUUAUCGGGCCUCUGGUGGCUACUGACGCAGCAGAAGUCGAGGGGAGUUUUCCGUGAAGAGUGGCCUUACGGGGAGGAAAACAUUCUGGGAACUGAAGACAAAUUUACCGCCAUGACUGCCUUCGUAUUCAUCACCUUCGUGGAAUGCAAGCCGUUCAUCGAAGAAAAGAUGCGCCUGGUCAUGGAGGUUCCUGAAGGUGCACCUAUGCUCAACGUGUCUUUAGUCUUCCUGACAUCCAUGCAAUGGGACUCGUUCAUUGCAGUAAGAACAAACCAGGUUGCGCAGGCUGUGCUGCAUCACAUGCAAGAGACUGCAACGUAUCUGAGCGAGACGGCUUUUGGAAAUGAAAAUGCCCAUGCAACAGCGCUCGCGGCGUACGCAAUGACCCGAGGAAACGUCACAGGAAAAGACGGUGCACUGUCAGCCCUCAGGCAAAAGCUUACCCACGAACCUUUACAAAACACACGAAGUACGGGAGGCGACGCGAAUCCCUACGUUAUAGAAGGCACAAGUUACGCACUUCUUGCCCUGCUAGCCAGCGGCAACAGCGACCACAGCGACACCGAUAUUAUCCAAACUCUUGUGAACUGGCUCAACACUCAUCGUCCACUCUCUGGUACUUCCUCUUCAACACACGACAGCGCGGUAGCGCUCCAGGCCCUUAUGGAGUUUGACGUGAAGUCUUCGGAACCCGAAGUGGACCUCAUGUGUGAUGUCACGAUGAGUGGACAGCAGGACUUCCACAAGAGCAUUCGGAUAAGACCCCACAACGCAGCAGUGCCCCAGCAGGUGGAUAUUCGCGACAUGUCGGGCAUGUUGGUCGUAACAGCGAACGGAACCGGAAGUGGACUGCUUUCUGUUAGAAUGAAGUACAACGUUCUUCUUCCACCGGAAGUGUUGUGCAAAUUCAACAUAACUGUGCGAGCUGGCAUCCACACACCCAAAGUGAAGAGCGCUAUCUUGGAUGAUUUCCCGGCAGAGCUUUUGAACGAGCUUCUCGGACUCGACCGAGAACGUCGUUCUGUGGAUUUGGACUCCUUGUUGCGUGGGUCGUACGGCACCGCUGGAUUACCGAAUGAACCACAGCAGAGCAAGCUUGUUUACGACAUUGAAGUUUGCUCACAAUACGUCGGCGAGUCAGACUCCAAUGCGGCGGUCAUAGAAGUUGGACUGCUCAGCGGUUUCGAUCCAGUGGCUGAAGACUUAGACGCCGCAAUAAAGGAGAACCCGAACCUGGCCAAGUAUGUCCUCACGGAGAAGAAAGUGAUCCUCUAUUUUAAAAUGAUACCGUGGCGAGCACCAACUUGCGUGAAAUUCCGGACGGAACGCAAGCACGUCGUCCGCAACAUUCAGUCGGCUGCAGUGAAGGUGUACGACCACAGCGACCCCUCGCGUUCCUGCACGCAAUUUUACGGAAUCGGAUCGACGAGCCCCCUCCAUAAGCUGGCCUGCGAAGGAAACAAGUGCCGGUGCAUAGAAGCUGAGUGUCCCAGACGAGAGCCCUUUCUGAACGUUGAAAGCGUGAUACCAGUACAAAUCAAGAGGCAGAUGCUGCUAGAGAUGGCCUGCAAAGAGCACGACUUCGUAUGGAUCGCAACUGUGUCUGGGAACAGCGUCGUCAACGGCUUCCGUCACUUACGUCUACGCGUCACGACAGUGCUCAAAGAAGGUGCAGAAAAAAGCCAGUCUGUCCUAACGGAUUCAAAGUUGUUCCUGGCUCCGCAUCACUGCACCACGGCCGACUUGAGCGAGGAUGUGCGCUACUUUGUCUUCGGCCGAGACGGCGAGCCCUUCGCGAAAAACGGAUCUGUUGGCGUGAGAUACAACAUGGACAAGCACGUGCGCCUCUUCAACACGCAAAAUGCGGUGACGUCAGCGAAGGGCCGCAAGGCUUAACUCUGUUCUUCAGUGGCUGUCAUCGCAUCUUCAGAGGCACGGAGGCUGCCCGGAGCACUUCAGAGUCGUGCGGUCGACGCCAGUUGGCGACAUUUAACAAUGGGCAUACGGGUCGGCUCAUAUGCUUGUAGGGACUGUGAUGGAAGUAGUACUACUAUCAGCUUGCAUUAUGUUUCCACGGUUGCCACGGUUACUAUCUGCUUGACUCCGUCUAAGGCAGAUAGUAACAUGGCUUCUGAAGUGUGUCACACCGAAGCAAGACGAAGACUGACAUGGAAUAGACAACGGAAGCGCUGACUAACAACAGUGUCUGUAUUGCAAGAAGGCAAUUUUAUAGCGAGCGCAGCGCCAUGUAUGUGUGUAACCUUAUCUUGGACGAAUAACAAGUAACAAAAAUGCAGUAAUAGUAACAGAUAAUAACAAACUGUGUCUAAUACGUUUGUGUGCGUGCUACUGUGACAUGCCCGAGAAGCAAAAAAUCACUCAGGAUUGAAAAUAGACAUUUUGUCAAUACAACAACCGCAGCAACAACGUCGCGGAUGUAUGGCAACUUAUACAUCGUAAACAGGGAAUAUAUAUAUAUAUAUAUAUAUAUAUAUAUAUAUAUAUAUAUACAUAAGUAGUACAUACAUACAACCCGCCGUGGUUGCUCAGUGGCUAUGGUGUUGGGCUGCUGAGCACGAGGUGGCGGGAUCGAAUCCCGGCCACGGCGGCCGCAUUUCGAUGGGGGCGAAAUUCGAAAACACCCGUGUACUUAGAUUUAGGUGCACGUUAAAGAACCCCAGGUGGUCCAAAUUUCCGGAGCCUCCUACUACGGCGUGCCUCAUAAUCAGAUGGUGGUGUUGGCACGCAAAACCCCAAAAUUAAAAAAAUAAGUACAUACAUACAUAUACUAGAGUAAGAACACACUACAGGAGUACUAGGGACCUCUAUCCCAUCGAACUGUAUCCGAUGUGAGUGCGUGCGCGUGUGAGUACAGACACAACGUAAAUAACGUUCAGCUUUCGUUGGUUCACUGUAAAUAACCCUACUUCGGUGCUGUGCUCCCAAACAGCCUGCCGUCUUUCUACGUGGUAUGCGGGGCUUGCCCAGGGUUUCUUGUUCUUCACGGUACGCUCAUACCAAAGUGCGUGAGGCGCAGCCAUUAGAAAGUCCUUUUCUCGCCUCUUUAAUAACUUUACAGCCCUUGUCCACAUACUUUAGACGUCAUUCGUCGGGCCGCCGUCACCUAAUCUGGUUCUCUUGCUAUGGGUGCCUUUCUGUUUUCAUAUGUUGAUGGCAAUAUUAAACGAGCGAAUCGCCGGCUUAUUCGCUAAA